AUGGUUGAUACUUUCCGGUUAUUACAUUCAGAAGAAAUUCAUACAAUGCCUGAUAACAACUGGCAUCAUCGUCCAUAUCAACGUCAUCAUAUUGAUCAAAUGAUGCGUAGUAAUCGAAAUUAUAAAAAACCAUUUAAUUUGGUACCAGUUUCAACAUGUGAUGGAGCCUUUUGGAUCACAAUUGUUCGUUCGUAUACUAUUUUCACAAAUAUUAUCAUUAUUAUGGUUGUUAAUAGUCCUGAAAUACACAUUGAACCAUUUCGAUUUUUUCCAACACCAAAAAAUCAAAAAAGUAAUAUGGUUUUUGCGCAUUUGUCAGCUGGAGUAUUUGAACGUUGGUAUCGUCGAUAUGAAUUAUUACCGACAACAGAAGCAGUUUUAAGUACAAGAAAAGGACGAAAGGCGGAAAAUAAAUAUAUCUAA